AUGUCUGAUAACGGCACGACAUUCACGGCUGCUGCUAGACAUUUGAAUAAUUUGUGUGAAUCUUCGGUGGUGCGUGAUUCAACAAGCGAUAAAUCGAAUGGAAAAUUCACCCCUACAAGAGCCCCUUGGUUUUGGGACUGGUGGGAAAAAAAGAUCGGUCUCAACAAAAAUGUAUUAAAGAAGGUACUUGGUAAAGCGUAUGUGACAUAUGAAACACUACAGACUAUUGUCACUGAAGCAGAAGCCGUUAUCAAAGACAGACACCUUACUUACGUCACUUCCGGCGAGCCAGGACAGCCGGAAACACUGACGCCUGCCCAUCUUCUAUAUGGAAGACCAAUAACGUCACUUCCUGUCGAGCCUGCGACAUUGCCAGCAGAUUAUCGCAUCAAUCGUUCGUCGCGUUUGAAGCAAGGUACUCGACGAGUGCAACUCAUACAGAACUUCCACGAAAGAUGGCGACGUGAAUACCUGACGGCACUCAGAGAAAGAAGUCAAGUACGGGGCAAUAACAACCAGACGAUAUCCGUAGGCGACGUCGUACAGAUACAAGAUGACUGCCCGAGGACGCAGUGGCGCUUGGCUGCUUACUGA